GAGUGAUUUUUUUUUUUAAGAAAGCGAAAAAAUUAAAAAACCUAAAUAUUUAGCAAGCGAUCCUUAAAAAUCGCACUUUUGCCACGGCAGGCCUUUCGAAAUUCGAAAGCUUUGGCGGGCAGUCGAUACGCGUGCGGGCUGCAACUCUGGCGAUAACGAUUGCCCGGCGAUAGCACGGCUGCACUAAUCAGCAUUAUCACAUGCAAAUUAAGGUCAUCCGAAUGAAAAAUGACCACCAAUCAAAGGCUUGGGCACCCCUCUCGAACGGCCCCUGAUUUUCCAAAGCCAAAAAACAGUGUGUUUGCCCCGUCGCCUGUCCAGCGAGCGCCGUGCCCUGGCAACCCUGGCGCGGCUGCAUAAGUGAAUUCCGACGAGGAGCCGUGCCAUUUUGUGGGCCAAAACAUCGCUGCCUCGAGAUUAAUUAGCCGCAAAAACUCGAUUACUCGAAGUGCUCGGCGCUGUAGAGUCGUUUUCGAGACGUUUCGUUGUUGUUGUUUAUCCAGCCCAAAUGUCAGCUGUUUCACGCAACAUGUACCAUAAGAGCGGGACAGCGAAACGCAGAAAAAGAGCAAAUCGAUCAAGCCCAGGACAAGAACAGCAAAAGCAAAAGCCAGAGAAUCAGCAGAAGCAGCAACAAGCCGACGAAGAGAGCUGCUAACAACGUAAACAAAAACUAAACACACACCCACACACCAAGAGAGAUAGCAACGGUGAAAAGACAGCCAGACGAAAAAGAGAGCGAGCGAAAGAGAGGGAGAAAGUGCAACCGAGCUCGGUGAAAAGAGAACGUGAGAUAAAAGGAUCGACGAUAACGGAUCAAGAUAACAGAGCUACAAGGCAGGAUCGACCACCGCCAUGACAAUCAUACUCUUCCUGGUGGACACCUCGUCGUCCAUGUGCCAGAAGGCGUAUGUGAAUGGGGUGCAAAAGACGUAUCUGGACAUAGCCAAGGGCGCCGUGGAGACGUUCCUGAAGUAUCGCCAGCGGACGCAGGACUGCCUGGGCGAUCGCUACAUGCUGCUCACGUUCGAGGAGCCGCCGGCGAAUGUGAAGGCUGGCUGGAAGGAGAACCAUGCCACCUUCAUGAACGAGCUGAAGAACCUGCAGAGCCACGGCCUCACCUCGAUGGGUGAAUCGCUGCGCAACGCCUUCGAUCUGUUGAAUCUGAAUCGGAUGCAGUCGGGCAUCGAUACGUACGGCCAGGGCCGGUGUCCCUUCUACCUGGAACCAUCGGUCAUCAUUGUGAUCACGGACGGCGGACGGUAUUCGUACCGCAACGGUGUCCACCAGGAGAUCAUACUGCCGCUGAGCAACCAAAUACCGGGCACAAAGUUCACCAAGGAGCCCUUUCGAUGGGAUCAGCGACUCUUCUCGCUGGUCCUCCGCAUGCCGGGCAACAAGAUCGACGAGCGGGUGGAUGGCAAGGUGCCGCACGAUGAUUCGCCCAUCGAACGGAUGUGCGAGGUGACGGGUGGACGGUCGUAUCGCGUCCGAAGCCACUACGUCCUGAACCAGUGCAUCGAGAGUCUGGUCCAGAAGGUUCAGCCUGGUGUGGUGCUGCAGUUUGAGCCACUGCUGCCGAAGGAGGCGGGUGCCAGCGCUGCCUCCGGUGGCUCGGCGGGCACCGGAUCGAUAUCGAUCACCGGCUCUGGCAUAUCAUUGACGUCCGGAGCGGAUCCACCACCCGACAUUGUCUUCCAGCCGGUGAAGAAGAUGAUCUACGUGCAGAAGCACAUCACGCAGAAGACCUUCCCCAUCGGCUAUUGGCCGCUGCCGGAGCCCUAUUGGCCGGACUCCAAGGCGAUCACGCUGCCGCCCCGCGACGCACAUCCCAAGCUGAAGAUCCUGACGCCGGCGGUGGAUGAGCCGCAGUUGGUGCGCAGCUUCCCGGUGGACAAGUACGAGAUUGAGGGCUGUCCGCUGACGCUGCAGAUUCUCAACAAGCGCGAGAUGAACAAGUGCUGGCAGGUGAUUGUCACCAAUGGGAUGCACGGGUUCGAGCUGCCCUUUGGCUACCUCAAGGCGGCGCCGAACUUCUCGCAGGUGCACCUCUACGUACUGGCCUACAAUUAUCCAGCGCUGCUGCCCAUCCUGCACGACCUCAUCCACAAGUACAACAUGAGUCCGCCAAACGAUCUGAUGUACAAAUUCAACGCCUACGUGCGCUCCAUACCGCCGUAUUACUGCCCGUUCUUGCGCAAGGCCCUGGUCAACAUCAAUGUGCCGUACCAGCUGCUGCAGUUCCUGCUCCCGGAGAACGUGGACAACUACCUGUCGCCGACGAUCGCCAAUCAGCUGAAGCACAUCAAGAAUACGGCCAAGCAGGAUCAGGAGAAUCUCUGCCUGAAGGUCUAUAAGCAAUUGAAGCAACCGAAGCCGCCGUAUCGCCAGGUGGAGACGGCUAAACUUUGCACCGGCGCCGCGUUGCGCAGGGAUUUGGUGCGGCAUCCACUGCUGCGCGACACAUUCGCCAAGUUGCAUGCGGAAAUCGAGCCCGUGGAUAACUAUACGAUUGUGGUGCCGCAGCUGACGCAUCAAUCGUCUGCGAAGACGUACCGCAAUCCCUUCGAUAUACCACGGCGGGAUUUGGUGGAGGAAAUAGCCAGGAUGCGGGAGACGUUCCUGCGACCCGCCUCGCUGGUGGCCAAGGACUCGGGCCACUGCCUGCCCAUUGCCGAGAUGGGCAACUACCAGGAGUACCUCAAGAACAAGGACAAUCCGCUGCGUGAGAUCGAGCCGACGAAUGUGCGGCAGCACAUGUUUGGCAACCCCUACAAGAAGGACAAGCACAUGGUGAUGGUGGACGAGGCGGACCUGAGCGAUGUGGCGCCAAUGAAGUCGCCAAAUGGCAACGGACCGGGUGGUGCUCCACCCGGUUCUCCUUCCGGAUCGGGCUCGCCCACGGGCGGAGGACCCUCGGCGCCGGGCUCCUCGCCAGGCGGUGGCGGGGGUCCUGGGAUGCCCGGCAUGGGCGGCGGAAUGUCGGGACUCAUGCUUGGAGCCGGUGGCAGUGCUGGUUCCUCCAAGAAACUCGAUGGCACGACGAGGGGGCGAAAGAGGAAAGCCGGUCCACUGCCACGUGCCUUUGAAUUUCGACGAAUAUCAACGGAUUCGCGAUCUUCCUGCUCCAGCUCUGUCUCCUCAACGACGGGCAGUGCGCCGGGGACACCAAUACCGGGCGCCGCGUCAUCCAUAGCCUGCGAUUCCACUGGCGGAGCCGAUGGCAGUGCCAGUGCCAGUUGCUUCGACGAGGACAGCAAUAGCAACAGUAGCUUUGUGAGCUCCGUAUCGGAGGCAUCGACCAGCGAUUCCGGGAUGUCCAUGUCGCAUACGGAUCGCUUGGGCAUCGGUUUCGAUUUCAAUGAGGAGGAGACUAGCGACCAGGACACACCGCUCAACGGCUAUGUGCACAACUUUAUCAAUGGCAUCAUCGAUGAUGCGACAACGGGCGAAACGGAAUCCUCGCUCGCCAGCACUUUGGGGCCGGGUGUACCUCCGGCUAGCGAACCGACCGGUGCCACAAUACCAGCUCUUGCAGCCGCAACACCAGCCGCAUCUGUGAUCCAGGCCAGCAAUGGCAGCGAAGUUUGCCCCGUCGCUGCAGCCGGCAGUAGCAGUAGUUCCCCCACUUCCACCAGCGCCAGUUCCUCGGGAGUGCUCUAUGUGCCCCUCAACGGGCUGACCACGCAUGCGGCCUACAGCAGCAAUCUGGGCGGCCUGAGCUCGCCGCUGGACAACCUGAGCUCCCUGGGCGGAGCGGUGACCGGUGCGGGUGCAGGACUGCUGAGCAUAAACAAGCCGGGACUGCUGCCCCUGGCCAAUGGCUACCAUUCGCAUAGUUCUGCCAUCUCUCCGCCGUCGCCGCUGUCCUUGGUGCCGCCAACGACGCUGGCAACAAGCAGUGUCAUCGCUUCCACCUCCUCAGGACUCGUGUCCAGCUCCAGUUCCAGUGCCUACUUCAGCCACAACGACAUCAACGAUGCCUCGGAGAUCUCGCGGAUACUGCAGACCUGCCACAAUGGAACCAGCGGUGGCUCCUCCGGAGGAGCGGGAGCCACCAGCAGCAAUUUGAAUGGCAAUGGGAGUACGGACAGCGGAGGAGCCUCCCCCGAGGAUCAUGCCCCGCUGGGUGGCAAUAGUUUCGAUGCUCUCAAACGAACGGCUGGACUUGUGGGCGGCACCGGAGCCGGGAAUCCCCACUAUUACUGGGCCAGUGGUCUCAAUCAUCACAAUAAUAACAACAGUGGCACGGCCGCUGGAGCGCCAGGCACUUCUGUGAUAAGCAACAAUCACAACCACCGGGGCCACAACAAUAGUAGUCCCUGCAAGCUGGAGGUCAAGAGCAACUCCAGCUGCGGCUCAUCGCCGACGCACAACAACGGGGGGAUGAACUCGCCGGGACAAUCGCUGCCCCUCACGCUCAGCGAGGAGCAACGCGAAGCGGCCCGGCAGCACAACAUCGAACUGCGCCUGCAGAUCUUCCGGGAUAUUCGGCGACCCGGGCGCGACUAUACCCAGCUGCUGGAGCACAUGAAUCUGGUGAAGGGCGACCAUGAGAUGCAGUCGGAUUUCGUGGAGAUGUGCAUUGGGGAGUCGUUGCGCUUCCGCCGGCAUCGCAUGGUGUCCAGCCUGCAGGAGUGGUGGGACCGAAAGCAGCAGCUGACUGCUGGACUGGCGAGUGGGGGAAUCACCGGUGGUGGGGCGGCGGGGGCCAGCGCGGAGCAGGCCGUCGCCAAGAGUUAACGAUGGCUCAUGUGGCACCACUGAGCCUGCGGGGUCAUCCAAUCCAUCUGUCUGUGAUGUCAACGAAAUCGAAAUCGGAGAGCAGCCGCGGCAGCCAAACAAUUCUCGUCAAUUUCCAUGUACUGUAAAUAGAUGAUGGCUCCACAGCCAGUCCGCAGGAUCUGGAUAGCGAUCAGGAUCAACGCCGGGAAUAUAGCCACUAUGUCGCAUACCAAACAACCAACAACCACAACAACCACAACAACAACAUAAACAACAAAAUCAACAAGCAGCAACAAUUCUAAAGCAGAGAAAACACCACAUUUUUGAGGGCGAUUUCUUAGUAUUUAAUGAGUCUAGGAGUUUUGUAGGGCGUGCGGAUUAAGAUCCACUCGCCGAGCAGGCAAGAUACAUGUAAUUAAUAUACAUAUAUAUAUAGAAAAACUUAAGCUAGCCCCUAGUUAACGAUAAAACUUAAAAAGAGAAGAAAACCCGAAAACGAAAUGAUUUUUUGUAGCAGCCAAUUAAGUUGUACUUUUUUUUUUUACCUAGUAAUACUUAAACAAUUAUUUUUCUCUUGUACGUCUAAGGAAUUAGGAAUUAUUUACAUUAGACUUUUAUCAAAUAAUUGUAUAUUGUAUGUGUAUAAAAAGAAAAACAAACGAAAAAGGGAAAGUCUAGGAAAAGCUUGAGCUUAUUGAGCCUCAUACGUUUUAGCCAAUUUUUGUUGGACCUGUUUCAAGAACACUUCGCUUUGAUUUUAGCCAAAACGAAUAGAGAACGUACAGAAGAGAAGCACUUGCAUAACUAUAUAUUUAUUGCCUAAAUCGGGUCAGCGUUUCAUUAUCUAAAAUCAUUGUAUUAUAAUGUAUUUUUGGUUCAACCCCGCAUUCUUUUUGCUCCCACUAUUAAAUACUUAUGCGAAUCGCAGUGUCAGCAUUGCCUUUGGAAAGCCCGCAAUAAUUAUUUAAAAGGCAGAUGAAACCGAUAAGCAAAAAAGAAACGUACAGUUUGUUAUAUAUAUAUAUAUAUAAAAACCAAGAAAAAGUAAUACAUUUUUGCACUAUUUUUUUACGUGUAUGUUUGUAUGCAUGACCUGUGAGUAAUUGAGUAACAACAACAAGAGGAGGAAACGUUUACUAGUAGUUAGGCGGAGGGCAGUGACUUUGGUACUGCUUCAGGAUUAAAUAAUUAUGUACAACUUAGACAUGCGUAUCUAACAAAUUUCAUAAGACAUCAACAGCAGAACAGCAGUAAAACAAACCGAAAACAACACGAAAUCAAAGGAAAAUAAAAGGAGGAGCAUUGCAUUCAA